CAUGUUGUCAUAGCGAUCUGUUCGCACUCGCAAAACAGCAGUAGAUAUUUGACUUCUUAGCCAAAAGGAAACUUUAGAAUCAUGACGGCAGACAAUCGAAGAGCAGUGGCCUUUGGAACGACUCUCGACCGCGAACUCUUGCCGCUCAAAGUUCCGGCAAACCGCUUCGGCAAUGAACUUGGCUUACGAGGCGCUCCAAAUCGCGGCCCAGGGUGUUAUGACAAUGCUGAGGUCAGUGGGUUUAUUUAUGAACUUGAACGUCGACCCGUAUGCAGAAGAGGGUACUCAGUAGGGGCUCGAACUGCUCCAAGAUUCCCUAAACCAGCUCAUAUGGAUGUUCCAGGACCACCGACUCAUCAAGAGAUCAUUAGCAAACCCAUUCACUUUGAUGAAGCAUUCAAGUCAUUUAAUGUGGGAGCAACAAGAUUCCCAGCGAUUAACAAGGACCAAAGUCACCCUGGGCCGGGAGCUUACGAGUUUGAUUCUAAAAGAGAUAGAAAAGUGAAGUUUCAUGGCUCAUUUGGUGGACCGCAGACACUGAUAACAUCAGUUACAAUCAAGUGUAAUGACUUUGGAGAACCUGACAUCUGUAAUUCUUGCAAGAGUCCUCCUGUUGGAGAUUACUUUGAAUACAAAAAAGUUCAUUUUUGUCGGAAAUGUUACAAUCACCAUUUAUCAACAGGACAGAAAUACACAAAGAGUUAUCUCCAAUCGUUUUACAAAGUCAGAAACUGCUCAAACAUUCAUAACCAUGAAGGAACAAAUGCAAGAUUAAUGCUGAAAACAGAACGGGACCUCAAGAAACAAAGGUUUAGAGAGGCUUACAUGAGCUUGUACUUCUAACCACUCAGGGCUGUGUCUUCUGACCGGAUCGUGUAUAAAGUACAAGAUGAAGUGAAAUUCCUUUCACCCAAAGAAUUUUAGUGUAAAUAUGUAAAUGACAUUCUGGAACACUUAUUUAUGUAAUAACACUAUACAAGAUUGUGUACCGUAUUUUUGGUAGUGAUUAGUUAGAUAGGUUGCGGUGGUGAUGUUCAUGUUUGUCUUGUAAGCAGCCAGAUAUCUCCAGUGGUAAGAAUACCACUAACAAGACUCGCCCGGGCUUCCUCCACUUAACUAGUAGAACUUGCAUUUAAAUAAAAUAGCGGUUAUAUUGUCAUUGUAAAACAGCAAAUCGUUUUGGAACUCAUUGAAACGCUAGUCAAUCGAGC